ACUUCCUUCACUUAACUAGCAUAGCCCCCAAACCCCCAAUCCCUCCAAGGCUCCAACACUGAACUAAAACACCAGACCCCUACUUUUCUCCUCUCCAAGCAAGAACAUCAAAUCUAAUGGCAAGCACAGAACCCGAACACGAGCACAGAGAAGAUGAGGAAGCUCCGGCUGGCGAAGACGAAGACACCGGUGCUCAGGUUGCUCCGAUCGUCAAACUCGAAGAAGUUGCUGUCUCUACCGGUGAAGAAGAUGAAGAUGCGAUCCUCGAUCUGAAAUCGAAGCUUUAUAGAUUUGAUAAGGACGGGAAUCAGUGGAAAGAGAGAGGUGCUGGCACUGUCAAGUUAUUGAAGCAUAAAGAGUCUGGAAAAGUUCGUCUUGUUAUGAGACAAUCUAAGACUCUCAAGAUCUGCGCUAAUCAUCUCGUGCUGCCGACUAUGUCCGUGCAGGAGCACGCAGGGAAUGAUAAGUCGUGUGUGUGGCACGCUACGGAUUUCGCUGAUGGUGAAUUGAAGGAUGAGUUGUUCUGCAUUCGUUUCGCAUCUGUUGAAAAUUGCAAAACCUUUAUGGAAAUGUUUCAAGAAGUUGCUGAAUCCCAAGAGAGCAAAGAGGAAAAUGAGGAUGCAACUGUUGCUGCUGAUGCAUUGGAGAAGUUGAGUGUUGAAGGGAAGAAAACUGAGGAGAAUGCUGGCGAAGAGGCACCUGCUGCAACCAAGAAUGAGGAAACUAAGACUGAUGCAGAUAAGAAAGGGGAGAAGCCUGCUCCCUCAACUUGAGGGUUGAUUUGUUUGUUUUGCCAUUCCCUUGGCAGUAUGAUGAGUUCAGUUGUCAACCAUAUUUCUUGUCCAUUUUGUGGUUUUCUCAUGCUCUAGAAAUUUGUUGGACUUGGGCAAAGUAUGGUUUGGGGUCUCUGCAUUAUGUGGUAUGAGUCUGUUAGCAUUUGGUCAAGCUUUGGAUCGGUUGUGAUUUUGCAGUCUGGGUAUUGUGAAAGUUUUCAGGUAGGUUUUUGUUUACAUGGUGUAAGGCGGCUGUGGGGCUCGGGGGUGCAGUUCGAAGAGGACAAAAAGGAACAAAACCUGUUACGGACAGUUUUACUGGGAUAUAAUUCCUUGAGCUGCUUAGGGUCUGAAUUAUUAUCCUGUAUUAUGAGGAUGUUUUGUGUGCAACUAUUAAUCUUUUUGUUGAAAGAUUCAUUUAUCUAA